AGAAAUCAUGAGGAACUCAUUUUGAGAUAAAUUGAAGCUGUCCGAUUGAGUUCUAUCAUUUGGCUUCAUCAAAGAAGGGAGCCUCUUCUUCGUUAGAUCGAUCCUCUUACAGACCUCGAGAUACGUAGCAACACUUACACAAUGGCAACCAAAAUUUUCUUGACCGGCGCUACUGGCUUUGUCGGUGGCGCCGUCCUCACCCAGGUGUAUGACGCUCAUCCAGAAUACGACUUCACAUUGUUCGUCCGCAACGAGGAGCGUAGCAAGCCCUUUUCUGCAAGGUACCCGAACGUCAAGUUCGUCUACGGCACCCUCAACGACUCUGUAGUCAUCGAGAAGGCGGCUGCCGAGGCCGACGUUGUCAUUCACACCGCAGCUUCCGCCGAUGAUACUCCGUCAGCCCGUUCAAUUGCCAAGGGCAUCGCUGCAGGCCACACAGCCAAGAAUCCUGGAUACUGGAUCCAUUUAUCAGGGACUGGGAUUUUGACUUGGUACGACCAUGAGCAUAAGCGCAGCGGCGAGAGUCCUCUACCCGAGGAGAAGUACAACGACCUCGAAGGCAUAGACCGCGUCAUCAACCUGCCAGACCACGCUGCUCAUCGAGAUAUCGACAAAAUUGUCCAGGCCACCAACUCCGAUGCAGUGAAAACUCUCAUCGUUGCGCCUCCUACUAUAUACGGGACUGGCCGCGGAAUUGGCAACACCCGCAGUGUCCAGGUCCCCAACCUAGCCCGCGCAACGUUCCGGCUCGGUUAUGCUCCAAUCGUCGGUGUGGGUAAGACAGAGUGGGACAAUGUUCACAUCGACGACCUCGCCGACCUCUUCCUCAAGUUCGUCGAAGCUUCUCAAGACCCGGCCAAGCGAGAGAAUCCCGAGAUAUUCGGUCGCAAUGGAUACUUCUUCGCGCGGCAGAGCGCCCACAAGUGGUCCGACGUCGCCACGUGGAUCGCCGAGGAGGCGAACCGCCGCGGAUACGCACCGGAGCUGGCGACCAAGUCGGUCCCGCUGGAGGUGGUGACCGGGACGGGGCUUCUGGCGGCGGGGACGUGGGGACAGAACUCAAAGGGAGAAGCGGAGCGGGCCAAGAAGUACCUCGGAUGGCACCCGAAGGCGGUGGCUCUGAGGGACACUAUUGGUGAAGCUGUAGAGACCGAGGCCAAGGCCCUGGGGUUGACUCCAAAGGAUGUGAGGGCUUGAAUGAUUGGCUUGAGGAUGACUGUCAGAGUCAGGCUGGAAGGCGUUUAGCCAGUAAUUAACGAUGGAUGACAGUCAACUAACGGUCUUUCUUAAUUAUUCUGAUAAUAAUGACGAAUCUUUUUCAUGCCACGGCUGAUGCCGGGUCUUUGCCCACUCUGCUCG